GAGGGAGAGAACACGAAGUGACUGUGUGAGUGGAAAAAGAGAGAGAGAGCGAGCUGCCGUCGCUACUUUUUCACUGUUUCCUGAAGUCCCGCUGCAGCAGGAGGAGGAGGAUGAAGGUGAUGAUGAGGAGCAGGAGGAGGGCUCCGCCGGCCGACGUGGUGGCUGCAACAAACGGGACGAACAUUUAAACUCCUCGCAUUCCGCCAGAAAGAGCGUCGGGGGAAACUUUUCACAACCACUUUGAAACCAGAUCCUCCCCGGAGCUUGAAGUUCCCCUCAUUUUUAACGCUUUGAUCGGUUUUAUUUAAGCUUUUAUUUAUUUAUUUUUAAAUAAAAACCAGCCUAAGUUCGAGCCCCAGAUCGGCACCGAUCGGCACAGACCGGGGGCGGGAGUUGGGGGGAGCUAACGCGGCUAAAGCUCGUCGACGACGUCCGCGGAGAUGAAGACCCCCGUGGAGACAGGGUUCGCGUUCCCAGAAUGGGCCUACAAGCCAGAGUCGAGCCCGGGCUCCCGGCAGAUCCAGCUGUGGCACUUCAUCCUGGAGCUGCUGAGGAAGGAGGAGUACCACGACGUCAUCGCCUGGCAGGGGGACUACGGCGAGUUCGUCAUCAAGGACCCAGACGAGGUGGCUCGCUUGUGGGGAGCCAGGAAGUGCAAACCGCAGAUGAACUACGACAAGCUGAGCAGGGCGCUGAGAUACUACUACAACAAGAGGAUCCUCCACAAGACUAAAGGGAAGAGGUUCACCUACAAGUUCAACUUCAACAAACUGGUGCUGGUCAACUACCCCUUCAUCGACAUGGGCUCCGGUCGAGUCCCCCAGAGCGCCCCCCCUAUCCCGAGCGGAGGCACCCACUUCCGCUUCCCGCCCUCCACCCCGUCGGACGUGCUGUCGUCCAGCGAGGAGCUGCGCAGCCCCGGCGUGUUCAGCGGCGUGGCGCGCCGCAUCGCCCGCGGCUCGGUGAGCGACUGCAGCGACGGCACGUCCACCAACUCCGAGCUGGAGGAGGCCGUGGGGGCCGAGGAGCGGUCCCUGGGGGCCGAGCGGGCCUUCCGGGGCCUCCUGCCCCCCCGCCUGCCUCACGACUCCCUGUUCAGGAUGUACGGGGCGGCGGGGAACCCGGGGCUCCCCAGACCGGCUCACCGGGUCCACCCGGACUCCCUGUCCCCGUUCCCCGUGUCCCCGCUGCCCGGCCCCGGGGGGCUGCUGGGGCCGGCCCUGUCCCCGGCCCUGUCCAUGACCCCCACCCCCCACCUGUCCUACACCCCCUCCCCGUCCAUGUCGUCCCCCAUGUUGGGCUCCCACUUCUCCUUCAACCCGGAGGACAUGAAGCACUACCUGCAGGCGCACACGCAGUCGGUGUACAACUACCACCUCAGCCCGCGGGCCUUCCUGCACUACCCCAACAUCGUCAUCCCGCAGCCGCACCGCCCCACGCCCGAGAAGCCGGCGGCCCACCACCUCCACGGCCCCCCCAUCCACCUGUCCCACCCCCUCGGAGACGAGCUGCAGCAUCCCUUCAAGUUCAAGCUGCAGCCGCCGCCGCUCGGACGCAAGCAGCGGGAGACGGGCGGCUCGCCGGCCGCCGCCUCCUCCAGCCAGUCGUCCUCGUUCAGCGGCUCCGGCCAGAGUUCUGUCCUGGCGGGGGGGCCGCCCAAGAUCAAGGUGGAGCCCAUAUCCGACAUGUCGGAGGAAGACGUGGAGGUGACGGACCUCAGCGAGGAGGAUGAGCUGAAUCACAACGACGAGGACGACGACAUCUUCACCCCGAAGUCUCGCCACGGCCCCCGGCUGAACCACCGGGCCAACGGCGAGGGCGGCGGCGUGCCGCGCCCUCCGCACGACGACCCCGACGACGACGACGAGGUCUUCAAGACCCCGGCCACGCCCCCUCUGGGCGGCGGCAGCCCGGCCUUCCCCCCGGUGACCCUGAAGACGGAGCCGGGCCAGCCGGCUCCCAUCAGCCCCGGCGGCACGCGCUGCAUCCCGCUCAAGCUGCGCUUCAAGCGCCGCUGGAGCGAGGACCAGCGCAUGGAGGCGGACGGGGAGCGGGACGAGGCGGAGGACAAGAAAGUGAGGGCGGACGGGGAGGAGGAGGAGGGGGAGGAGCCGGGGAGGACGGAGGCGGAGCUCGGGAGGGGCGCGGCCCCGGGGCUGAUGCUGCCGCCGGCGCCGACCCAGCGCCGGGCCAGCUCGGAGCUGCAGCGGGCGACGGCCCAGCUGUCCCUGGAGAACGCCGGCUGCUGAGCCCAGCCAGGCGCCGCGGCGACGCCUUCGGACCGUUGCCAUGGCGACGCCUUCAGACCUCCGGCGCGGGCCGCGGCGUCCCGAGAGGAGGCGGAGUCUGCAGUCGGCGACGCCCUCGUUCACUCUGCUCUCGUCUACUUUCUGGUGCAAUAACUGACGGAGUCGCCGGCUCCUGAAAUGACUCCACAGAACAAAAUACUUUGGUAGCGACGUGUUUACGAGACUCGGAGAACAAGAUGGACGCUGACUCG